AUGUCUACUUAUUCCGGUAAAUUUCAGUACGACGACCUGUCAGAGACAGAUUCGAUUCGACUUUUGAUCCUCCACCCAGGCACACUAGGGUCCCCAAUUCAAAGCGAUCUCAUUCACACAACAUUACGUGAUUGUCGCUACGAUAUUCAUGGGAAUUACACGGCUCUUUCCUAUGUUUGGGGCGAUGCAAAUGAUACAACCUACAUUUUUGUCGAUGGAUUUCGAUUUGCUGUUACCGUGAAUCUCGCCGCAGCUUUACAUGAUUUGCGAGAUGAGAAGCGACAGCUACGGUUAUGGGCCGAUGCUAUUUGCAUCAACCAGACAAACAACCUUGAACGCAGUCAGCAAGUUGGCUUGAUGAAAGAAGUAUAUAGUUAUGCGCAGACCACAGUGAUCUAUUUAGGAGCUUUGGUAGAGCAGACGAAGAGUUUAUUUGAGCUCAUGAACCAACUAGAUCCGGACAGAAUUAAGCUUCUAGAAAUGGUCGAUGACGCAAUUAAAGAUAUCGUGUCACGACCAUGGUUCACUAGGGUAUGGGUGUAUCAAGAACUAGUGCUCUCAAACGUAGUAUUCGUGCAAGUUAGGCGACUGCGAGUUCCUUGGGAUUAUCUCUGCGAGGUUUUGUUGGACAGAUAUAGAGACCCGAGAGAGCGAAAUAAUCCUCACAAGGAUAGAACAAUAUUAUCAAAGACCACAUUGGAUGUAUGCCACGACAAAGACUCAGCAACAGAAUCAAGAACGUCCCACUUGAACUCAAUUGUCCCAACUAUGCACGAGAUACGACAUAAUCACGAUACGCAAAGCUACCGAUUACUGUGGAAUAUGUAUGAGGCAAGGAGAAACUAUCAGAAUUGCUUAAGGUAUGGAGGAAGAGUGGUCUCCCUUCUGGAUGUUUUGAUUUCUCGAAGAGGUUCAAAGGCUUCGGAUUUGAGAGACAUAAUAUACGGCCAUCUGGCUGUCGUGGACCUUCAGCUCAAACGCACAUAUGAGAGGAACAAUGACUCCGUACCAUGGCCAUUAAUUCGCAGCCGGAGCCCACAAAAUUACAUCCCCGUCGUAGAUUAUACUAAGAGUGUGGAGGAUGUUCUCAAUGAAGCCGCCCGUUUUACCUCUUCUUUUCGGUCUAUACAUGGCCUAUUGAAUAUACUGUAUAAUGCAGACGUGAACGCAUCAUACACUCGAAGAAGCAAUCUUCCUUCCUGGGUACCAGACUGGACGCUGGAUACAAGCAGUCUUCAGGGUCUUCCUUGGUUCUUUGACGAGACUGAUAUUCGGAAUAUUUCUGAGGACACGCAAGCUGAAGAAUCGAUAUCAAUAACAAUAAACGGAAUUUCAAGAAGGAUAUUGCAGCUGAACUCCAUACCCGUUUAUCCACAUAUUUUGUCUUUUGUGUAUGACGGUAGUUCUUACGAACUACAAGUCGUUGAAAAGGUAGCCCGAGUAGUAGUAGAAGAUGAGCUGGCAUACGAAUCUGCUAGACAGAAAUUAACUGAAUCUGUCAUAAAUAUGUUCAAGUUGAGGGACGAUUUGGGGAUGCAGCACCAACUUGAAUAUAAGGACGUUUUUCGACUGAUUUGUUCUCUUUGGAAAAGCUUGGGAGCAGCAGGUAUACAUCCGAUUACAUCCGAAGACCUGCCUUGGUAUCCAGAAGAUGCUUUGAUCGGUUAUUUAUCCAAGUUCACGCGAGAUCCGAUGAACACUUUCGACUCUUUCAGAAGCCCAAGCAAGCCAUAUCCAAACUUUCUUAUCAACAUAAUCAUCAUUGCCUUGAGAGUCGGCGUUGUGCCUCCUGCAACGGAACAAGGUGAUUUCACCCUUACCGAAUUGAGAGACGAAAAAGACGAAAAUAGCCAAAACUGCUGUAUGUUUCGAUCAAAAGAAGAUCUCAAAAACGAAACAUACAGCAAGGGUACCCGUGCAGAGAUUGACACGGGGUUCAAAGGCUUUUUUACUGUAUACCAUUGCACAUAUCUUGGUAAAGCAUGGGUUGACCGUCACUCCCCAGAAAAAUUAGCUUUCAAGGUUGCGAAAAGAAAUGCCAAACUAGAUCGUGACGUUAGCGUCAUCGCCAUUCAUUAG